AUGAAGCUCACCCAGAAGCUCCUGCUCAGCCUGCUCCUGGCAAGGGAGGCAGUGAGCCACGAGCAUGACCACGGAUUCCCGGGACCCGCCCAGCCCUUGACCAUCAAGACCAAGGCCGGCCUGGUGACGGGCUUCAUCAAUGCGACAGCCCCGGACGUCCGGCAGUGGCUGGGCAUCCCCUAUGCCGAGCCACCAGUAGGCAGCUUGCGCUUCCUCCCGCCCAAGCCCAAGAAGCCGUUUGGCCACCUGACCACGCAGGCCUACCAGCCGUCGUGCAUGCAGCAGCUCAGCAACGCCGCGACCGUGUACACGACCUUUAUGCCCGAGUUCCUCAUCAACGGCGGACAGUCGGAAGACUGCCUGUACAUCAACAUCUACGCGCCCCUCAAGCCCGUGGACAAGGGCCUCCCGGUGUUCGUCUACAUCCCCGGCGGCGGCUUCACGGGCGGAGGCUCCGACUCGCUGUACAAGAUCCCCGACCAGUGGAUCCAGCGGUCUCAGACCCACGUCGUGGUCAUCAUGAACUACCGCGUCAACAUCUUCGGCUUCCCCAACGCCGCUGCCCAGCCGCUCAACGCGGGCCUGCUCGACCAGCGCCUCGUGGUGGAGUGGGUGCGCGACAACAUUGCCGCGUUUGGUGGCUCGCCCAAGAAGAUCACCCUCUGGGGCCAGUCGGCGGGCGCCUCGUCCGUGGGCAGCUACGGCUACGCGUACCCCAAGGAUCCCAUUGUCACUGGCCUCAUUGCCGACUCUGGGGCCGCCGGCGUGGCUUCAGGUGCUGGUGGUCCCACCGCCUUCUCCACGUUUGCGGGCUUUGUCGGCUGCGGCAACCUGGCUGCCAAGGAGCAGCUCGCGUGUCUCCAGAAGGUCGAUGCAAAGCAGAUCCAGCAGACGCUGUCGUUUGGAAACACUGGUACCCGGUUCACCCCAGGUGCGGACAAUGUCACGAGCUUUGCCAACUAUACGGAGAGAAUUCAGAAGGGCCUCAUUGCAAACCUGCCAAUGAUCACGGGUAGCAACACGAAUGAAGGCGCCGGUUUCGGCACCUUCAGCCCGGACGGCAUGACGCCCGGACAGUACCAGACUGGUCUGAAUGCCAUCACCUGUCCGACCGCACGCGAGGCAAGCAACCGUGCCAAAUACGGCCAGGUUACGUACAAAUAUCUGUAUGGCGGCAACUUCACCAAUAUCUCCCCGCGUCCUUGGAUCGGGGCCACCCACAGUGCUGAGCUCCCGCUCCUCUUCGGCACCCACUACGAAUUCCGCGGCAACUCGACCGAGUUCGAAUGGGAUGUCGCCGGCCUGAUGCAGGGCCUCUGGCUCUCAUUCGCUCGCAAUCCCAAGAAGGACCCCUCGCACGGCAGCUUCACGUGGCCCAAGUACGAUCUCGACGCCAACACGCUGGUGGAGUUCGCGGUCGACGAUGUCAAGGUGCAGCUGGCCUCGCGCAAAGUGGUGGACACGGAGUGCGGCGUGUGA